CUGCGUGCAGUUUAAAACCACAGUUUGGUUUGUGCAUCCUUCUGCUGCAGCUCCCCACUUCACUGUGAGAAAAGAGCGAGAGAGAAAGAGUGAGGGACAGGGUGAGAGAAACAGUGCUUCGGCUUCACCGUUUCGAUCUCGCCCGUCCACAGAGACGGAACAGUUCAGUGACCGAGGCCGAGUCAUUCACCGUCCUGACUCGCCUUAGCGAAUCCUUCACCAGACGUGGCCAUGCAUUUCCACUCAGCCUGUGGAUUUGCCUUGGUGGUACAGCUUUACCUGCUGCAUCAUGCCCAAGCAGGGGCAUACUAUGGACACCAGCAGCUGGCCCAGCAAAACCAACCACUGCCGCAGUUACCUCAUAUGCCACUGGGCAAGGAAAGGACACCCCAACAACAGUAUUUAGGACAAGAGUUGCCUCACCUGCCAUAUGGAAACGAUAUGCCCAUGGUCCCUUACUAUGGAAAUGAACAGCCACAGAUGCCUUUUCCUUUGGCAAACCCCAAUCGAGGCAAAGGUGAAAACAUUCUCCGAGGUCAGAAAGGGCCAUCAGGUGAGAAUAUUCUCAGAGGUCAGAAAGGUCCUUCAGGUGAAAAUAUUCCCAGAGGCCAGAAAGGUCCUCCAGGUGAGAUUGGCCCGAUAGGACCUCAAGGACCUCGGGGGCCCCCAGGACUACCAGGUCAGGGGAUUCCAGGACCUCCUGGGAAACCAGGCCCAUCAGGCCCUCAGGGAUAUCCUGGAAUUGGAAAACCCGGUAUGCCAGGACUGCCAGGAAAACCUGGAGGAAUUGGAUUGCCAGGGCCAAAGGGUGACAUGGGACCAAGUGGUGGUGUGGGACCAGUAGGAUUGCCAGGACCUCCAGGUCUUCCAGGCCCAUCUGGGUUGCCAGGUGUGUCAAAACCAGGUGCACAGGGAUUACCUGGACCGCCUGGGUUUCGUGGAGAGCCUGGACAAAAAGGAGCUCCAGGAAUUCCUGGGCUUUCAGGACCUAAAGGGGAUUUUGGACUUGGUCUUCCAGGAUUACCAGGGAUAAAAGGACCACCUGGGCCUCCGGGGCUACCAGGUCCAGGAGGACAACCAGGAGUUGGAAAGCCAGGCCUCAAUGGACUACCUGGGGCCCCUGGGAGCGCUGGUAAACCUGGUUUCCCUGGAGAGCAAGGGUUAGCAGGACCUCCUGGUGAAGAGGGACAACCAGGACCUCCAGGCCUACCAGGUAUUGGCAAACCUGGUUUGAAUGGUUUUCCAGGGCCAUCUGGUCUUCCAGGUGGAAAGGGCGAGCCAGGUCCGCCCGGUUUUCCAGGAGGUCCAGGUUUACCUGGAAUUGGUAAACCCGGAUACCCUGGACCAAAAGGUGACAAAGGAUAUGGUGGUUUACCUGGGGCUCCAGGUCCAAAAGGUGAGAAAGGUCAUGGUGGAUUUCCUGGACAAAUUGGCCCACCUGGACCAGGUGGUCUUCCUGGUCCACCAGGCCUCAUGGGGCCCCCUGGUGGCAUUGGUUUCCCUGGACCAAAAGGGGAGGGUGGCGAAGUUGGGCCAAAAGGACCAGCAGGUCGCACAGGUGAACCAGGUCCUCCAGGACUCCCAGGAAAAUCAGGGUUCCCAGGAGCAAGUGGACAACCAGGACCCAGAGGUUUACCUGGACCUUUAGGCCCUCAGGGUGAAAAUGGACACAAAGGUUUACCUGGUCUCCCUGGCGCUCCUGGCAAGCUUGGACCAAAGGGGGAACAUGGUCUACCAGGAGAUAAAGGUAGUCAGGGUCCAAUAGGAAUCCCAGGAUUAAUGGGGUCCAGUGGACCAAUUGGGCCUCCAGGACUUCCUGGACCAAAGGGAGAAUAUGGACCACCAGGAAAGCCUGGACCACCAGGUGAAGGCAAGCCUGGUUUUCCAGGUCCAUUGGGUCCACCGGGGAAACCAGGUCCUGGUGGACUUCCUGGCAAACCUGGAAUACCUGGCCUUCCUGGUCCUCCUGGUCCACCUGGACCUCCAUCUGGUAAUGGUGCUGUUCUUCCUGACAUGGGUCCAGGACUUGAUGGGGCAAAACAAGGAGCCUAUAAGAAAAUCAAGCCUGGUGAUUUUAUUGGCAGGAAUGUACUUGAGAUGCCCGCCUUUACUGCUCAGCUAACAACCCCGUUUCCACCUGUUGGCACGCCUGUGGUCUUCAACAAGAUCUUGUACAAUGGCAACCAGAAUUACAACCCUCAAACUGGCAUUUUCUCGUGCAGUGUACCAGGAAUUUACUAUUUUGCAUACCAUGUCCACUGUAAAGGGGCCAAUGUGUGGGUGGCUCUGCAAAAGAACAAUGAGCCAGUCAUGUACACAUAUGAUGAGUGCAAGAAAGGUUUUCUGGAUCAAGCAUCUGGAAGUGCAGUACUGCCUCUGCAGACUGGAGACUCUGUUCAUAUUCAGUUACCAUCAGAUCAAGCUCCUGGACUUUAUGCUGGUCAAUAUGUCCAUUCAUCAUUCUCUGGAUAUUUAUUAUACCCAAUGUAACUUGUCAGAGAAAUCCCUCACAAAUCAGUGGUGGAAAUGUAAAGUUCACAUGCUUGCUAUCAAAACUGAUGAGUGGGAAUGAAAAGCACAGAGAGCAGUACCAGGGGUAUGAAAGAUAAAGAGCCAUAAAAACUGAAUCUGAACAUAUAUGUAGGUGAGUGAAUCCAUUGGAGUUGUUUCACCAUGCAGCUGACACAGAGGCAACAUUUACAGAUCAUACAAUAAAUAUUCAAAUAGCAAGAACACACUUCACAUAUUACCCGCCAGUAUUUAUAUAAUACAGGGAUAAUAGUUACAUACAUAGCGUAUUUCAGUUUUUUUUUCUUCCAUAUACACUCAUUACAAUAAUCUAUAAAGCUCAUAGUACUCUCACUCUUUGUAUGGUGCAACAUAUUUUAUGGUAUCUUUCGAUUACGUUCAUUAUGUCUUAUAUUAAAUAUGGUUAGUUUUUUUUCUUUUUUUAUCAGACAUCUAGUUUUUAGGUUUGU